GAAACCUGGAAGUCAGACGAGCUGUUAGGUCCUUGGUCAAAUUUUGGAUUUGGUGGAUUUACAGACCCAGAUCUACAAUUAAAGAGUUACCGGAAGAGGACGUUGAAAAAAACAACUAUCAUUUGACCUUUAUGGGUUGAUCAGCAUCAUUCUUCUGGCUGCUGAAGCCAACAGAUUCUUCAGACGUCUUUCUGAUGGCAUCCAACGCCACCACCGCCAUCUCCCAGGGGUCCUCCCCUGCCUCCUUUUCACUGCCCAUCAGUGCCUCAGCUCAGGGUGGCAUCGCCAUCCUUAGCCUGGCAUUCCUGCUGGGAUUCCCUGGAAACCUGUUUGUAGUCUGGUCGGUGCUUUGCCGGGUGAAGAAGCGUUCAGUGACCUGUCUAUUGGUGUUGAAUCUGGCUGCGGCGGAUGCCUUUGUUCUGCUCAGCGCUCCUUUGUUCCUGCGUUACCUGGCUGGAGGUAGGGGCUGGGAGUUUGGCUCGGCGGCGUGCAAGCUGGUGCACUACCUGUCGAGUGUGAACAUGUACGUGUCCAUUUAUCUGAUCUGCCUGAUGAGCAUGGACCGCUGGUUGGCUGUGACGAGACCAUUCCUAUCCCAGAGGAUGAGAACCAAACGUAUUCUGCUGGGUCUUCUGCUGGGGGUGUGGGUGAUGGCGUUCCUCCUGUCACUGCCGAUGCCCUUCUACCGCAACAAUAAGAGGAUAACACUGCCAAACAACUUUACCUUCAGCUUGUGCAAGGUGGACCACGGGGGCAGUGAUGCUCAUCGGGUGUUCCAGUACCUUUUUGAGACCAUCAUGGCCUGCUUGGUGCCCUUCUCCCUCAUCAACAUCUGCUACUCCUCUGUCGUUUGUCGUCUGAUGAGCGCCAAGUUCCAGCGCAGGUCACAAGGCAGCCGCCUCAUCCUGCUCAUCAUCUCUGCCUUCGCUAUAUUCUGGCUGCCCUACCACAUCGUCAACGUCAUUGAGGUAGCUGGCGUGUUGUCCAAAAGCGACUCGGUGCUCCUUGCCGCAACCACAGCCCGUCCAAACGUAACCGCCUUUGCCUACUUCAGCAGUGCUGUGAACCCCAUUCUCUACGUAUUCGCCGGCAGCUCUCACAUCCGCCAGGCUGGCCUCAGCUUCAUGGGCAAGCUCUUUGAAGCAACCAACUCAGAGAGCAGGACCACGUCUACCUUCACCCGUGGUGGCAGAAGCAGCUCUUCGCCAGAUGAGAGCUCAGUCCUGCACACGUUGUCGGUCAAACUUGGGAGGCCUUUCAAAGGCAAGGACAAGGAGAGGAGCCACAGUGUGGCGGCCAAAGAGCUCAAUGAGCAAGAAUUCAAGACUCUGGCCAGUAUUGAGCAGCUGGAGUAGUGCUGCUCUGCUCUGCUUCCUUGGACUACUUGCCUUGAUUAACUGGUUACAGACUGUUUUGACUCUUUAUUUUGUAUUCUUCAGCUUCAAUUUCCGUUUCUCUUAUCAGACCAGAGUGAAACAAGUUGCAAGUAAGCAAGCAUGAAAUUCUCUUUCUCAUUCAUAGUAAAAAAAAACCCAACAAACACCAAAAUGUGAUUACAUUUUCUUGCUUGAUCUUGCCUACUUGGUAUAUUUAUAAGAUGUUUUAAAUUUUCUGCAUUUAUUUAAGUUGCUAAAAAGUUGUGGUAUUGCUUUAAAGAGUGUAACAUUGGAAUGUCACUGAGUCAGUUUAACACUUUGUUUCAGAAAGCUACACUAAAUGGGCAAAAGUAAUCAACCGCCUGACCAUUACACCAAGAGGGACAGUAAUGACAUUCAUUACUUCCUGAAUAGUAACUCUUACCCUCGUGAUAUUGUGGCAAUUCUCUGGUACUUAGGUGUUUAUCAAGAAAUGUCUUUGAUAUAAGAGGAUGUUUUCUAUACAGUUGAUUGAAUUGAUAAUUCCCAGGUAAUCUCAUUAUUUUGGCCAAUAAAUUGAAGUCCUACCCUAACCCUAACCCCCUACCACUCAUAAUAUUAUCACACUUCUCAGUUAAUUAAAAGGUACUUUACCUUAACCCAAACCCUCUCAUCCUUAUCCUUGUAGUAUUGUGGCAGUUUUCUGGUCAAUAAAGGGCAUUUUUUUCCCUAACCCUAAUCCUCAUCAGACUGUUGCAGUUAUCUAGUAAUUAGGUGGUAUUUUACCCUUACCCUUUCCCCCUGACCCUAAACCUAACCCUUAUAUUUUCAAAGCAAUUCUCUGGUAAUUAGGUGGUAUUUUACAAAGAAAUGUCUUUGAAAUAAGUUAGGUGGCAUUUUACACUAACCCUAACCCUAAGUUAGGGAGUAAGGAUCUUAUGAGGACAUCUUGAGUUUAAAUGGUGAAGCUGGGUGGCUCAGUAGCGCCACUAGGUGUCCAAAACGGUUCAAAUCCAGGAAUUCCUGACAUUCAAAAUGAAUGUGAAUCUAUGGUGGAAUAAGUCUGCAAGAACGAUGCUGGGAUUGAAGUUUGGACUGUCUAUUAUAUCAAUGCAAAACAGGACAACUUCAACCAGUAAAAUCCUUAACCUAACCCCAUAUCCCACCUAAUGUUGUACCAAUGUUUUGGUUAUUAGGUGGUAUUUUACCCUAGCCCUAACCCUCUUAAUUUUGUGGCAGCUAUAUGGUUAUAAGGUAAUAUUUUACCCGAAACCUUAACCCUUGUAAUGCCUGUCUUAAUUUUCUGGUAAUAAAGUGGCAUUUUACCCUGGCCCUAACCCUGUAAAUAUUGUGGCAAUUAUAUGGUAAUUUGGGGGUAUUUUACCCUUACCCUUACCCUUGUAAUAUAGUGCCAAAUUUCUGGUAAACAGGUGGUAUUUUACCAAUUAAUUUCUUAGAAAUUAGAGAAUGAUUUUAUAUAUAAAUUGCUUGAUUAUUCCAGGGUAAUUUCAAAUUUUCUUGUCACUAAAUUAAAGUGAUUUCAUAAAUAAUUGUCAAGCAACUUUUAGGGUUAUGGUAAAUCCCACCUAAUUAAUACAUAAUUGCCUUAUUCUUAUGUGGAUUAAACUUAGGGUGAAAUACCCCCUGUUUAUCAGAGAACUGUCACAAUAUUAGAAGGAAUUUCUCUAUAAUGCAUAAAUUAUACAGGAUCAAACUUCCAUAAUACUACCAUACAUCCGAGUUAUCAGUUGGUGCAAUUUCAAUUUAUUACAAGGUAAUAACCACCUCAUUCUUGAGUGUUUACAGGUAUUUACAUGUAUUCCUGUGGCAUUACUAGGUAAUAAGGGCCCACUGAAAUAAAGUGUUACAAUAGAAUAUGUUUUUUCUUUUUGUUUGUAUUUCACUUGUAUAAAUCUUUGUGGUGGUACUUUUUUGGCUUGGUUUCUUCCCUGAAUGAUGAAAGAAGUACAUGAAGUGCUAGCUUGCAAAUUUCUCGCCAAAGGAUGGAAUUAUACUUUCACCUCUUGUGUAAUGUUCAGCCGAAUGAACAACGUGUUGAGAAAUAAACAUUUCACCAAAGCUUC